CGACGGGUACUUUCAUAAUCUUCUCCACAAAACUUUGGCAAAAGUAAGCGCGUUUCGAACGGAAAGUACCUUCGGAAGUUGGAACCAAACCCCGUUGACUAGCAAAAAAAUAUUAAUGCUGCUUGGAGCCUUGGAGGGCGCGCCACGGCAAAGCCAGCACAUACGAGUACAGCAACAUCAGCUAACACGACACCAAUCUCUCGCAUCCAAUGAGCCGCAUCCAACAGAGGAAGAAAUCUCACAUCCGACAGAGGAAGAAUCUACCAAACGAUCGAUUGACUCCCAUGGCCAGUAAUGGUAGGACCAAAGACAGCAUGGCAUUGGUGCGCAAGGAGACGUCGUCAAGGCCAACGAAGCGGCACGGCGUCCCCGACAAGCUCCUGGAGCUCAUCCUCCUCCUGUGCCUGAGCUCGCCCCUCUGUCUCGACGGCGGCCAUGGCCUCGUUUUUGUUCCCUCAUCUCCACCAAAGGUCGCUGUCAAUGGCUGCCACUUCUCCCUCGACUUCCUCCCCGCAGGCGGCGCCGGGGCAUGGGAGAUCGUCGACAGCCGUCACAGCCUCCUCCUUGUCGCCAAGAGGAAACCCGGGUGGAGACGCCACCGCUUGUUGCCUGACCUCCUGGUCUGCGAGCCGGUCACACGGCGCUACAAGCUCAUCCCAUCCAUGGAGGAUCAGGGCCUGAAAUACCACCGCUGCAUUGGUGUUUUCCUCCACGACUGCGGCGCCGCAGAGGACCUACGACAUGGAGCGGCCGGAUCAUCGAUACCAUGUCAAGGUUCACGGUGGUUUGCGUGCUCUACCACGAGUACGCCGGAGUAUCUGGUAACGUUGGCACCGCCAGGGCCUUCAUGUUCGAACGGGCCUGGAGGGGAAAGAUUGGCUGGUACGCGAAGAAGCAAGCGCCGUACAGGCCCAAAAUCCACCUUCAAGGUAAGCAGCCCCUGAGUUUCCUGGGGAGCGCUGGAGGUUCUCUGUUCUGGGCCAUCCAAGGGGACUCUUCCUCCUGGCUAGCUUUUAUUCCGGUCUGCAAACGAGUUUGCAUUCGUCCCGCUGCCGGACCACAUCCGAGGGUUGCCUGUGCG